AUGUUUAUUCAUUUUGUUCUUCUUUUCAAAUAUAUUAACCAAAGUUGUUAUUCAACCGAUGGCAAAACACUUAAAAGAGUUGCUGAUUCAUCACCAGACCUCAUAAUAUCAGCUAAAUGUGAAAUAAUACAAGACAAAUGUUUUUAUAGAUUAAAUUCAUUAAAUUCAUUUUCAUUUGAAGAAAAUCCUAACUUAACAACAAUUGGAUCAUCAAGUUUUUAUGGAUGCAAGAAACUAUCUAUUAUCAAUUUAUCAUCUUGCAAUAAACUUAAAAUAAUUUCCGAAAAUGCUUUUUCAACAUGCAAAAAUGUUACCGAAAUACUUUUACCAAGUGGACUUCUUGAAAUGCAGCAUGACUCAUUUCAUAAUAAUGAAUUAGUCAGCAGUCUUUUUAUUCCAGCAUCUGUUGCAAACAUAGGUAGGGAUGCAUUUCAAAACUGUAUUAAACUAGAAAAUGUUAUUUUUGAAGAAAAUUCAAAUUUAUCUUCAUUAGAAAUUUAUGUUUUUGCUUUUACUAACAUUUCUUCCUUUCAAAUUCCAGAAAAGGUCAAUAAAGUUGCUGGAAAUGCAUUUUAUGAUUCCAAAUUAACAAAUCUUACGAUUCAUCCUAAUAAUAAACACUUGAUACUUGAAGAUAACAAUUUUGUUUUUUCUGCAAAUAAAAGUGUUUUAUUCUUUAUUUGUAACAAAUCUUUCGAAACAUAUGAAAUUCCAAAUACUGUAACAACUUUAGGAGAAUAUUUAUUUUACAAAUCUGGUUAUAAAUCAAUAACUAUUCCCAAUUCAGUUACAACAAUUGAGAAUGGUUGCUUCUCUAAUACGAAUUUUGAAUCAAUUACUUUACCAAAUUCCCUUACAACGAUUGGUCAGAAUUGCUUUUCAGUUGCAAAACUUACCUCUAUUACAAUACCAGAGAAUGUGAAAAGGAUUGAGCAUGCUGCGUUCUUUUCAUGCUCUGAUUUGAUAAAUGCUACGUUUUUGGGGCCUGUAGAUUACGUUGGUUUUCAAGCAUUUGAUUAUUGCAAAAAUCUCAAGCUUAUCAAUUUUCCUAAUUCACCAAUGAUUGUUAAUUACGCCUGGUUUCACUAUGGUUUCUCUUCAAAGUUAUUUUUGUCUUUCACGUGCAAAUCAUUAUUUUCUUAUGAUGCAAUUGUAAGAAAUACAAAAGUUUUAAUUUCAUAUAUUAACGAAUCAGAACUUAUAAUUACUACCAAUUUAUUUAUUUUGAAUGCAAAUCAAACACAUCUAUAUGGAUAUUGGGGAUUAAGCAAAAUUAUUAGAAUACCUAAGUCAGUUACAAUAAUCAAAGAAAGGGCAUUCGAAAAUUGUGACCAAACAAGUAUAGAUUUUGAAACAAGUUCACAACUCUCAGAAAUAGAUAAUUAUGCAUUUAGAAACUGUUCUAAUUUAAAUUCGUUUAAGUAUACUCCUCCUAGCUUGAGUAAGGUCGGAGUUGAAUCAUUUAAAGACUGUAUUCGAUUAGUUUCUGUAAGUUUUGUUUCUACAGAUUUACUUGUUAUGAACAAUGCAUUUGAGAAUUGUAUUAGUUUAGUUAAUUUUAGUAAUAUUUUAAGUAUUCUUGACGGUUGCUUUUCAGGAUGCAUUAAUUUGACACAUAUAAAUAUUCUAGAUAAUUCACGAUUCAUUGGUUCUCAAUCCUUUAAAAAUUGUUAUUCAUUAGAGAGUAUUGUUAUUCCGUCUUCAAUUGAAACAAUAUCAGAAUAUUCAUUUUUAAAUUGCACAAAUCUUAGAUCAAUCAAAUUUAUUGAAACAAACUCUCUUUUGAAAAUAUCUAACAAUUCAUUUUUAGGAUGCAAUUCACUACAAAACAUAAGUGAUUUUGAAUCAAAUAAAUAUAGAUGCAUUGAUAAUACUCUUUAUUAUAAAAAUGAAACUGGAGAUUAUCUUAUUUAUCAUGCAACAAGUUCAUUAGAUAAAACUCUUUUUAUCAACUGCAGUGUUAUAUGCAGUUAUUCAUUCAAUGAAUGCAACAACAUAUAUAAUAUCACUAUUCUUCCAAACAGUGUUUCACUGAUUGAAAAAUAUUCAUUUAAUAACUGCAAGAAUCUUCAACACAUCAACUUCCCUCUCUCAGUUGAAACUGUUGAUUGCAAGUCAUUUGUUGAAUGUCAUUCUAUUCGAUGUCCUCUUAUUAUUGAGAACACGAAACUUGACUAUAUCAGAAUGAUCAUCGAAUCAGGGAUUCCACGGCGAGUGAUUCUUUCAUGUGAUGGUUAUUGUGAUACCCGCAAUUUUGAAACUCUUUAUAGAUUCAGUAACACAUUAGUAUUAUUUUUACUAACUUCAUAUUCAUAA